AUGCUCGGCAUUAUCGAUAUGUGGACGGACCCCAAGGCAGCUUGGAAAGGUGUGUUGGUUACUCAUACUUUAAAAUAUAAUCGUCCAUUUGCUAAUUUGAAAUGUAGAUAUUCACAUCACAUUGGAUUUGUGGCACAGGAUGAUAUCUGCUUCCCGGAUCUCACAGUCCGGGAGAAUAUCCUACAUACUUCCCGUAUUCGCCUUUUUGGAAAAUUGAAAUACGAAGAGAUUUCUCUUCAUGUGGACAAGAUCAUUGCAUACCUUGGUUUAUCUCAUGUCGAAGACCAUAGAGUUGGGUCUAUUGAGCAGAGAGGAAUAUCAGGCGGUGAACGCAAGCGAGUUUGUAUCGCCCGCGAGAUUGCGGCCAUGCCCAUGGCCGUGAUCUUGGAUGAGCCAACCUCUGGACUAGAUGCCGCUAACGCUCUCACGGUCAUGACCAUGUUGAAAAAUUUGUCUACGUUGGGCGUCACUGUGAUAUGCUCCAUUCAUCAGCCCCGGGCUGACAUAUUCCAGCUUUUGGACAAUGUGCUCAUACUAGCAUCCGGAGAAAUAGUCUAUCUCGAUGCAGCUUCUAAGAUGAAAGAAUAUUUUACAUCCAUUGGGGUCUUUUUCUCCGCCGAAAAGAAUCCCGCCGAUAUUGUGAUGGAUACAAUCACUCAUGAAUCAGUUGGAUUGAGCGUUUUAUGGCGAGAGCGCCGUGGUAUACUUGGAAACGUGUUGGAAGGAAAUCAACAAUCUCAAGUCCAAACUCAACAAGUGGCAAAUGACUCUCAGCCAACAUUGAAGUUUCAAGUAGCUGCUUGGCCCCACCAAGUUCUGCAAUAUAUUCUUUGUGGUUUCCGCCAGCAAAAAGGACAGCCUUUUGGUAUUGGUCUAGAGAUGUUCACGGCAGCAGCUUGUGGUACACUCAUCGGCCUCUCCAUGUACGAAAACAAGGGACACCUCUUUCAAGGGAUCUUCCAACAACCCUAUGCGCCUCUUUCAAGUGCGGUGGAUUAUUCUAGCGUUCCUAUCGCGGGCCUUCUUUCAGCCUUAGCAAUCAGUAAGUCAUCCUUCCAAACUUUUCUCCUCUUCAUGAGUUUUUACGCACUUACCUAA